AUGCUUAGUUAAUGUAAUGAAGCUAUCAUUUGGGCAGAUAAAGCUUUGUAAGUAGAUCCAUAGCAUUGUGAUUCAUUAUAUACUAAAGCUGAGAGUUUAAGUAUGCUUGGUUAAUAUAAUGAAGCUAUCAUUUGGGCAGAUAAAACUUUGUAAAUAGAUCCAUAGCAUUGUGAUUCAUUAUGUACUAAAGCUGAGAGUUUAAGGAUGCUUGGUUAAUAUAAUGAAGCUAUCAUUUGGGCAGAUAAAGCUUUGUAAGUAAAUCCAUAGCAUUGUUAUUCAUUAUUUACUAAAGGUAACUCUUUAAGAUAAUUGAAAAAGUUUAAGGAAGCUAUGGAAGUGAUUGAAUAAUCUCUAAAAAUUAAUCCAAAUCAUUUUGAUUCAUUAAGGAUAAAAGGUGAAUGCUUACAUGAUCAGAAAUAAUAUUAAUAGGCUUUAAUAUUUUAUGAUAAAGCUUUAGAAAUUAUUUCUAAUCAUUAAUGGACUUAAACUAGAAAAAAUGAAUGUUUAAACGCCAUACAAUUCAAAUGA